AUGGAACCUCAGAACGUUACCUGUUAUUUUUUUGGUGAGACCCAUCCAACAUUUUUGCCUCUCGCUGAAGUUAUAGUUGGUGGGAGCGAAGCGUUCCACUUCACGGGAUACCUGCUGAAGCUCGAAAUUACAUUGUUCGAUUAUUUGGUGACAAGCAUCAAAGACCACAAUUCCACUUAUGAACCCGACCAAGAAGGCAGAGAGGUUCCCAUUUACAUCGAUCGCCGUGUCGAGGGGGUGACAUUGGACUGGGACAUUGCCUGGUACAAACAAGGGCCCAGCAAUAAAGGUAACUACAAGACAAUGGCCCAUUACGCCGAUUAUCCCAUGGGACACAUUCCUGUGUCCACGUCCACUUCUUGUUUCCAGUCUGCUCCCUUUUCCCCGUCUGCCCUGUAUGCCCCGUCUGCUCCCCUUUCCCCGUCUGCCCAUUUCCUUCCGUCGGACUAUAAUCAUAUGUUGGCGCAAUUUUCAGAUAUUUUCGACCCAAUCGAGAACUCUUCGGCGCCAUCAGAGAUCAAAGUUGGUGUUACACAGGAGAUGGCUGAUGACAUUGAAGUGGUCGAAGCCCUAACUUCACGCGAGCGACUUUCAGUCGUGCCAGAGGUGUAUUUAUCGGCACCGCAGUCUCCCGCAGAUUCUUCUGUGAACCUCUACUCCCCUAUGAACUCUGUACCAGAGUCGUGGAUGGUGUCGUCUGCUGUGGAUGUCAGUAGUGUUCAGCUGGACGAUGAUACACCAGAACCAAAAGCACCCGAGGCUCCUCCUCCCUUCACAGAUACUUUGCAUAUGAUUCUGUUGGCUCGACUUCCUGGCGCAAGAGUCGUGAUUGGCGAUGAGGAAUCAGCUAUCUUCAGAACUGCCCCACUCCCACCCGUGGCAAUGAUUGCAUAUGUCCUCGCUAUUUGGUACAGCGCCCUCUUGACUCGGCUCAAAGUACUAGAGUGCCUGUUGUGGUUGCUCGAACAGACAGAUGACCCAGCAUACCCAGACUUCCUGCAGGUGUUUGCGAACUUUGUGCACAUUGAGAGCCAUUGUGGGGAUGCGGGUUGCACGAAUGAAAGAUUAUUUUCUGCAUCCUUCACGCCUUCGACAAGGCACUUUCUCGAGAUCGAGCAUACAGAACACGCCCUCAAGUCUUGGCUUCAGAAUCAGGGACGUGAAGUUGCUUCAGAUCCGCUCUUCGCCACAACCUCCGUGCUGUUUGGAUGGGUUGACCCCCUUGAUCUUAUAGCUGUCCUCCAAGUAAGCCUCAGGGUGACCGCAAUAGAGAGACAGCUACUGAAGGAACACAACACGAUCAUCACAUUCCUUAUGCGAGGAGGGCGAUCCUUAAUGGAAGAGAGAAUGUACCGAGCUCAGAUGGAGGUCUCCUUGUUCAGUAAAGCUAUUGCAAACUUAUGUGAAGAGCUCAAAGCCAGAUACUGCCCACCUACAUGGUCAAAGACGCAGCUUGUACAGAAGACUGAUGAGGAUCUAGUCACAUCUCAAGUGACUCAGCUGGUCGAUGUUGACAUUUUGCCGGCCGAUUACGAUCAGUUUGAACUUUCAAGUGCUACUCGAGAAAAAUGCGAAGCAUGGCUUGCCACGUCAUGGCAGUUUGAAGUAGAUUUCCCACAAUCUCACGAAGUUCCUGAGCUGUAUGAACACCUUUCAAGGCACGACAAUGAUUUUCUUUCCCCUUUGAUGGAAGCUUGGUUUGGUCGCGUCACACAUCGCACCUACAUCACCACAUCCUCUGCAGACUCCAAGUUCCUACACACCGACAACAUCAAAAGCUUUAAAGCAAAGAAGAAUAAAACGCCGGAUGCACUCAAAUCCGAUUUUUCUAUUCUGGAGUUGAAGAAACAGCGUGCGCAGGCCGAAGUGGACAUGUUUUCAGAAGCCAUAGCACGCACUGCCGGUAUUCAGUGCACUGAUGAUGGAAUGUACACUUCUUCUGGAACUGCUGGGACAUUCGAAUCACGUCUACCUGCCAACUCUUCCAAAUUGUUUGAUUAUUGGUUUGAAGAUUGCUCGUCUCCAUACGCUCUAUCAAUCAUUGCCAUUAAAAUGUAUCUCAAGUCAACUAAAAUGAAUGGGCUAAAAACCAUCAGGUUAGGGUGCACACUUCCACCGACGGUCUCUGCCAAAGAAAAGGCAAAGCUAGGGAUGACGGUGCCAGUUGGCAAAGUUGAAGUUAAUGUGGAAGCCUCGACAGUGCUGCUAAACCUGGGUGGCGAAUUCGUGCGUAUGAUUGAUGAUCCGGUUUGGCGCGAUCAGUAUCCAGAUCAAGUUGGACUCAAUCGUCUGAACCACUUGCAGACAACACUCUCUACUUUGCAUACAAUAUCCGGUCUGGCGUCGGAAGGUCAGCAGUUUGUGCUCCCUGGUCCAUGCUUUGCCACCCUCGACGAGGAGUUUGCUGGUGAUUCCUUCCGUUGGGUGUCCGAGCACCUGGACUACUCACGACUGAAGCAACCGUGUUACUUGUCGACCGAGGUUGAAAAAGUAGGGAGCGCACCUGUAUCUGGCGGUUCCUUCGCCGACGUUUGGAAAGGAAUCUGGGCGAAUUCUCACAAUGGGACACAACCAGUCGAGCUCAAAUACCUUCGCCAGUACAUGCACAUGACAGAUGAAAUCAAGGAAAAGCUGAUGCUGCGUUAUCUAGAAGUGGAUCCAGAAGCAGAUCAAUUUGCAUUAAUCCACCAAAUAGCUUCGGCAGUCAGCUAUUUGCACAACUGCCAGCCAGUUGUUAUCACCGCGACCUCAAAAGCAUCCAAUAUUCUUACCAGCGACGAUGGUCAAGCUCUCUUGACAGACUUUGGUUUGUCAAAUGUCAUCGAAAAGGUCCUUGAAUCCGAGCUCAGCAUGCUGGAACAGUCAUUUUGCAACAUCGCUCUUCACUGA